UACCGCAUAUCAUUCUCGGGGCUCGUGACCCCGAGGGUCCAGUGUACCGGAUGACGUACAUUUUUGCGUUCUCUGAGAGUAUGGAUGAACUAAGGAGACAAGUUUUAUCAAAUACUGACGGCGAGGAAAGAGUCGAAGUCAAUCAAAGACAUCUGAUUGACAAAAUUUUGGCAAGUCACGACAUAAAAGCUUAUCAAUGUAAUUACUUUAAAGAUGAUGCAAAGUCUACUAGCGUACAAAUAAUUUUUGAAACUCAAAAAAGCAGUAAUGCCACAGAAAUAAACAUAUUGAAAGAUAAGUGUGUGCGGAUACUGUUUAAGAAUAAUGGUUUCGAAUUUCGACCGGAGGAUUGGAAUCGAUUGAAGAAAAUUGCGGAAGGAAAUCCUGACGAGCAAAAGGGAUUUACGGGAAACCUACGUGAGAUAUCGGUGUUUUUCAAUGAUAAACGUAUAAUACACCUCACAAAGAAAAUGUCUGAUCCGCGGCCUAUGAAUAUUAUUUCUGGUCUAAGUACGACCUCGCCACAGAAGAUGUUUUCCCUUAGAUCCGUUGAUGUUCGACAGGUACAAUUGGAUGUUGUAAGGUUACUAAUACCAAAAAAGAACACGAGAUCAAAAAUGGGAUUGUCCGAAUAUCCGAAAGAGGAAGCAUCAAUGUAUCUGAGAGUUGCUAGUGGUCAUUUAGACGUUCGAGUAACGAAAGCUUUUUCGAAUGAAAUGGAGAGAUCGACAAAGAAAAAGCCACCAAGCACGACCUCUAUUCAUAUAAUAUUUUCCGGUUAUGACGAACAUUCCUAUUCUUCCGAUCGAAAUGAAAAGGUUUCAGAUAUUUUUAAAAAUUUACUACCUUAUCCCGAGCAAGGUCGAAUUUUUAUCGGAUUUCCAACACAUCAAACUACCGGCUGUAGUUCUCAUUUAUCAGCCCGCCUAAUACCAACGGUUGAGCGUGAAUCUAUCGAUCUAGUAGACAAGACUCUUGCGGUCUACAAUAAUGAGAUGUUAUGCCUUGUUGGAAUUUUGUGUCGUAUUUUAUAUGAAGACGAAAUGGCACAAAUAUCUAAGCUGUACAAUGAAAUUGUAGGAUCAUCACCAAUAGAUUCUAAAGACGAAGCAAUAAAAUCCGGUCGCGAAUAUUUUGAAAGAAAAGCUGCGCAUGCACUUGCGCAUUUUACAUUCAAACCUAGUACUCCGAACGCGUAUGUAGGGAGGAUUGCUGAGUUACAAUUUUAUAAGUGCUCCACAAAACCUAUUUCCAUUCUAUCAACCCGUGGGGUGCAACCAGCCGACUUGAUACGAUUACCAAAUCCGGAAAUGGAGGCUUUUAUUAAAUCAGUACCAGUUAUCCCAAAAAUUCUCAUGGAACAAUGUGAUGCCUUUAUUAAAAAGACUAGAGAUACUAUGGGAUUAAUUAAAGACAUUAAAAUCAAUGAUGUCUUUGUAGAAUUACAGAGUCGUGCACUGACCAAAGAGGAAACCGUGGCAUUGAUGAAGUGGUGGAUUUCUUAUAGAAAAAAGGAAAAAUCUUCGGAAAAUGAACUGCAUCAGCUCUUGCGCUCGACCGUCAUUAGGGUAAAAGAUGACGAAAUAUUACCGCUAAACAAAGUUCGAUAUUUUUUGAAUCCAUCUGUAAUUGCACCAGAGAAUGAUGUCCCGUCCGAUGUGUUGCAAUAUUCAAUCAGCAGAAAUUUUCAGAAAGCUGAUCUUGAAAAAUGGUUUGGAGAAUGGAAAGAACUCUCACUUGUCACUUGGUCUCAAUUUAUAGUGUCAAAUCCUCAGUUAGAGACUGACCCUGAUGUCGCGGAGAAAGUUCUAGGGAUCAUUGCUCGAAGUUUUGGAAAAUGUUCGAAUAAAGAUCAAGAAUUAAUAAAAGAAUUACUCUCGAGGAAGAAAUGUAUUCCAACUAAGCAUGGGAUGAAGAUACCUGACGAGGCUUAUUUUCCUAGUGUAAACCUUUUUCCAGAUUUGCCUAUUGUUUAUUUUAAGAAUAUGAAAACACCCGAGAAAUUAUUACAAUCACUUGGAGUUCGGAAACAUGUCGACUUGCAACUCGUUUUCGACCGUCUGGUCAGUCAAGGAAACUGGGAUCAUAUGCAGCUUGUGAAAUAUUUAUCUUCGGUGUCAAGUAGUCUUAAAGAAAUAGAGAUGAAAAGGUUGAAGCUUACGGCGAUUUGGCCGAAAGAACAAGGUGUAGAGACGCAAGUAACGAAGGACGAAGUUAAACCAAAGGUCUCUAGAUUUACGGCAAGUGAAUUGUAUAUACCAUCGCAAGAAAUGAGAAAAUUUGGGCUGCCCAUUAUCGAGUGGAAUGGAAAAUGGCACAGGAAUUCUGAAGAAGCAAAAUUCUUGCUUUCGUUGGGCCUUCAAGAGUACCCACCGCUAACGAUCAUUCUUCAGCUUGCUUCGCCGAAUUCGGAGCCUAAUAUUAGGAAGGAAGCUUUGAAAUAUUUCAUCAACAAUUUCAAAGAUAAGUAUUCCUCGAAGUACAACGCUCGUGAGAUUAAGAUUCCAUUUCUACAAUGUACCGACCCAAAUGUUUUCGAAACACCCUUGGGAUGUUUUUCGAAUCCUGAUUGUACAAUCAUGAAGUUUCAUGCUUUACAUCAUGAUUUACGUUUCCGUGCCGAAGAGUUGGGCGUUCGUCAACAUCCAUCCCGCGAGCAACUUUUAGAUAGACUCAUUCAGCAUCCUCUGGAGAGCGAGACCGAGGCUCGUGAGGUUUUCGGUUACUUGUCAUCGCAGCUAGCUAAUUUCAACAGUUACGACUGGGAUAGUCUUGGAAAUCUUAAAUUCAUUCCAAUCCGAAACAAAAAUCAACCUAAUAAAAUUUCUUAUGUCAGCCCACGCAACUGCUUUUUCAAGAGCUCAGAAGAGAGUUUCAGCGAAUAUUUUUCAUAUGUCGACUUUGGCGAGAAGGCAAAUAGAUUUUUGUUAAGCUGUGGCGUCAAGACCGAGCCAUCCCCUACAGAGUUUGCGGAAUUCCUUGUGAGAUCUUCACGAGAGUUUUGGAAUACUAUCGGUGAUAAUGUCGAAAAAUACCUUUCGAUUCUUCGUAAUAUUGCUUUUAAUUCCAAUUCCAUAUUCAAGAAUAAGAAUUUAUUCUACGAAAUGGGUCGGGCCCCAAUAUUGUUGGGCGUGAAGAGGAAAGAAAGUGACAAGGAACUUGCUGAUAAUUCCCUGCAAGAAAUUGAUCACUAUGUUUUGGCCUCCGCAAAAGACAUAUAUAUAAACGAUAAUACAAAUUAUCAACAAGUUUUCUCCCCUUUAACUGCACCCAUGGAGCAAACUUUGGAAAAAUUUUAUCAAGAAUUAGGAAGUCGGUCGCUCUAUUCGUGCGUUAGAGAGAGUAUUCAACCAAAAGGCCAAAUUACGACCUCAAGACAAGCCGUUGACUUGAAAAAAAUGAUUAACCAGCGAGCACAACUAUUCUAUCACGAUAUUCACAGAUCGGACAUCAAAAGACCGGUUCAAUGGGUUCGGGAAUUAAAAGUCAUGGAGAUCGAACGAAUAGAUGCCACAUACGUGCUUGUCACCACCAACGAAACUAAAAUUGAACAGAUAUCUUCUUGCAUAGUGGAAGAUACUCGAAGUAAAUCUUGGAUUUUGUAUGUUACACCUGGGGAUCCUGAUUAUCUCGACAUUGCUUCACACUUAGGGCAAAACAUAUUUAUAAAGUCAAAAUGGAAAGACAUCUCACAUUUGGCCAUGCUUUUGACAACUCCCCUAACGAGCUUGAAACGUAAAGGGUAUCCUGUUGAUCGUAUAUUGGCAAGUCACAAAACACCAGUUCGCAUCGCUGAUAAGUAUGAAUCACCGAAGUCACCGAGAUCGGCGGGAAAAAUCAAUUCUCCAGGUUCGUCGUCGGAAAUUGAACAGUACGUUAAACAAAUACAAGAAACGUAUCCAGACUGUGAUCCCGCGUUUAUCCGUCGAAUUCUUGCCCAAGAGAAAUUCGAUUUGAAUAAAGUUGCCAACAACUUGGCGGAUAUGGACUACCCUAAAAUUUCGAAAUCUCCUUACAAUCCUAACAAUUAUGGCAGCGAUGGACUAAAAAACAAUGGAUGGGGCAUAUUUGACAAAGUAAAAUCUUAUGUCACUUCAACGGCUGGUGCUAAUGUUCAAGCUCCGAUUAGAUCUCAACAGACUGUUGAAUCAAAAUCUAAUGUCGGCGAAUCGUCGCCCGUUACCAAGCCAAUUGACGUCAAUCCGGGAACCACCAAAAAUCUGCAGGACGUGCUUCGUAGGGCAGUCAAGAUGUGUCGUUCGAAUUCGGGAAGUGCCAUCGAUAGUCGGGCAACUGUGAAUCAUGUUACCGAAAGUCAAAUAAGUUAUUGUGACGUUCUGCCAGGUAAUAUAAAUAUUUUUGACCAAAAGGGUAAAACAAGAAUGACAUAA